CGGAUGGAAUUCAAUUCUUCGACGGAGUUCAAGGGUCACGUGAACUUAUCGAUACCUGUCUUGCCUCUCCUUCACUUCCUUUUCCUUUCACUGGAAAAGGCACCUCUAAUUUUUAAAUCAUGUAUAUGGCUACGGAGGAGGCUCUUUGCUGCUAUUCCUCCCGUUUUCACUUAGUCCUUUGUAUUAGAGUUUCCGCAAUUGGAUUCAUUGAUUUUGGACGUUUCGUGCCUGCUUUACUUCUUUUACUCCAGAUCUGGAUCAAGAGACAUUCUUAGAUGUCGCAACUCGGAGGACACCCUGGACUGCAGA